CUAAUCUGCGAGCGCAGGAGGAAGUAGCUAGCUUGAGUUUACACCAGCGGCCGGAUGUUCUGUGGGAAGACAGGAACAAUAAAGAAGGGAAAGCGCACGGGUUUUAAACCUACUUCAAAACAGAAAAGGAAGGAAAUUAUCUGCUGUUUAUAGCAGGGCAAAAGAAUUUGGUUUGCAUGUGAGGACUGAAGUGUCUGCCAAGCCAACAAUGGCGAACAAUGCAGAGGAUAUUGAAAACAAUAUGCAGAACCAACAGCAGUCCAACGGGUCCCCUGAACCUGCCCAGCAGCCACAAGAGGCUGGGGUGACCAGAGUGCGGUCAAGGGGAGGCUCAGGAGCUGAGGGAGGAGGAGGUGGAGGAGGAGGAAGAGGAGGCAGUGGAGGUGGCAACGGUAGCGGACCGGAGCAGAACGGACAGCCUCCCGCUGCCCGUGCUCCUCGUGUGGUGGAGACUGAAGAGGACGAAGAUGAAGAGUUGACCUUGAAAUAUGGGGCCAAGCAUGUCAUAAUGCUGUUCGUUCCCGUAACCCUCUGCAUGGUGGUGGUUGUGGCAACCAUAAAGUCUGUCAGCUUCUACACCCAGAAUGACGGGCAGAGAUUGAUCUACACACCGUUCCCUGAAGACACAGACACAGUAGCACAGAGAGCCCUAAACUCCAUCUUGAACGCCACCAUCAUGAUCACUGUGAUCAUCGUCAUGACUUUGGUGCUGGUGCUGUUAUACAAGUACCGCUGCUACAAGGUGAUCCAAGGCUGGCUCUUCCUCUCCUCUCUCCUCCUGCUGUUCUUCUUCUCCUACAUCUACCUCAAAGAGGUUUUUAAGACCUACAAUGUGGCCAUGGACUACUUCACCCUGGCGGUAAUAAUUUGGAACUUCGGAGUGGUGGGCAUGAUGUGUAUUCACUGGAAAGGACCUCUGCGACUCCAGCAGGCCUACCUCAUCAUGAUCAGCGCCCUCAUGGCCCUGGUUUUCAUCAAGUACCUGCCAGAGUGGACUGCCUGGCUUAUAUUAGCUGUCAUAUCAGUCUAUGAUUUGUUAGCGGUGCUCUGUCCCAAAGGGCCUCUGAGGAUCCUGGUGGAGACGGCUCAGGAGAGGAACGAACCCAUCUUCCCAGCUCUCAUCUAUUCUUCUACAAUGGUGUGGCUUGUCAACAUGGCCGACACAGACAGGCCAAAGAGGAACUCAACAGAAGCAGCUUCGCCUCAACAGGAGACCCAACAGGCUGUGGCGUCUCCUGCCCCCUCCAGUCCGUCACAGGACGACGGAGGCUUCACCCCCUCCUGGGUCAGCCAGCAGGAGCACCAGCUGGGACCUCUCCAGACCACAGAGGAGACCAGGCGGGAGAUCCAGCAGUUGCCCUCUGCUCGUCCUCCUGUUGAAGAUGACGAUGAAGAGAGGGGCGUCAAGCUCGGGCUCGGAGACUUCAUCUUCUACAGCAUGCUGGUGGGAAAGGCCUCAGCCGCAGCCAGCGGCGACUGGAACACCACGCUCGCCUGCUUUGUAGCCAUCCUCAUUGGCCUGUGUCUGACCCUGCUCCUCCUCGCCAUCUUCAAGAAAGCGCUCCCCGCUCUGCCCAUCUCCAUUUUUUUUGGCCUGGUCUUCUACUUCGCCACAGACAACUUGGUACGGCCCUUUAUGGACAAGCUGGCGCUACACCAGUUCUACAUUUAGCAGGACGCUGCCCUGAUAACCCUCACCCACAUAGCUCUCUAGCCAACAACACGAGAGCGGUCCCUUCACAGCCGGGGAACAAAGGGUGAUGUGGGGGCCCCUCCCGCCCCCACAUCCCCUCCUAAGAACUCACGAUGAUGAUGGGACACAAGUUGUUUUUGUUUUGCCUUUUUUCCUGGCGCCAAGAGAGGGUAUUCCCCACAACAGCUGUUCUUAAAUAUUUUGUUUUAAAAUAAGAUGUGACAUUUCUCGCUCAACUUGGGACCUCAUCUUCAAAUUGUUUGUCGAUCACUGGUCUCAGGCACAAUCCAAGAUGUUAGUGAGAAUAUUUUACCUUUAUUUAUCCAGGGAGGCUCUACAAGAGCUCGUCUGCUCCUUUUCCAGCAGCGCCCUGCUUCACGUCCACACUCAUUCAUAUCUGGGAGCUGCCCAGUACAACCACAGUCUUCUACAACUGGGGUUGUAGUAGGUGCCUUGCUCAUGGACACCUUGGCAGUAGCUGUUGAGCUAUUGGGAGACGGUUUGAUUGAAUCUCCCCUCAAUGACUCUAAUCCAACAUCUUUCCCGCCACAAGUCUGUUUUGACUUGUGAGCUUCCCCCCCAGACUUAACCGAAGAUUCAAAAAGCCUUCAUCAAGCUAAUGGAUGAUGACAUUGAUUAUAGAUUGGUAAUUGUGUAGUUUGAUCAUGUAUGAGCUGUUCGUCACCAGAGCGUGCUUUCCUCACCGCUGUUAAGAAUGGUUAAGAUCUUUUUUUUUUUCCACUUUAGACACAAAAAAACGAAAGCUCUAAUGCCAGAGCAAUUUACACCCAGAAAGAUUUACACUGAACAGGAUGUUUCAAACACGUUGAUCUUUCACAUGUGGAUAAGUGGAAAAACGUGCAUCAAGAAUUUAAAAUAUGAGUGUUUUUGUGACACUGAUUUCACCGUGUUCUCUGCCCUUAAUUUUACCUUUAGUCACAUGAAUUCACAGCCUGCAGAGGCAGGAAAGUUCACACACACUCACACCUGAGGACUUGCCUGCCAUGUCAGCCAUGUACGGUCAGCCACUGAGCAGUUCUGCCGGAGCAGUUGGAGGUUCAGUGCCUUGCUCAAGGGCAUUUCAGUAGUAGUAGUUGUCAUUGAUGUUGUUAUUGUGGGACAGAAAUGUGCUUUUCAUUCUCUACCCUGACUGAGAAUUGGGAUUUUUUUGUUUUCUUUCAACCUGUCCAGGGAUUGUAACCUGUGAUCAUCUGGUCACAAACUCUGAACCUUUAGGCUAUAGCUGCCCUCAUGAUGCUCGCCUGGUGCUGUCUUGAACUAUGCUACAUCAAACACAAAAAAUAUUUCCUCUAUACACAGAUGUUGUUGUCCUUUUUUCAAGAUAUGCAUAAGAGAAACUUUGUACUUUUUGAAACAUGGGGGUAAAUGUUAACAGGGUUCCUACACAGAUCAGCAGCAUCUGGGAGAGUGUGAUAACAAACGCAACUUCUGACAGAAAUAAUGUGGAGGUGUUGAGUAAAAAACACUCAAUCCUGGUAAAGGAGGGAGUUGUAGCUAUAGUUAAAUUUGAUACUUGAAUUUGUCAGCAUGUUUGGAAAGCAUUAUCUCCAGUCAUCAAAGCAUUAUUAACCUAACUGAUGAUUUUAAUCAAGUUAGAAACAAACCAAAAAGUUUAAAUUAAGGUGAGAAAAUAAUGAUCUGGUAUGAAACAUUGAGAUGUGUAUGAACCCAAACUCUGUGCUUCUCAUAUAUGAGACUGCUGAAUGGUAAAGAUGAGCUGCACUGAUCGCUCUUUUGUUGUUGCACUCGAGUUACAUGCUUGCAGAGAGGAGAAACCAAGACGGAACAAAAUAAUAAUACUAGUUUUCGAGACUGUUUAUUUCCCCUUUUUUGUUUUUAGGGAAUAUGUUGGGUGACUGGCUUUUUUUCUGUCCUUCACAUGCAUAUGUGUGUUAUGCAAAAUGAUUCAAUUCAGAUUUUGUUCUUUUUUUAAAUAAAUGAUAAAACUGA